AGACGUUGAGAUGGCCCAGCCCACCCAAGAAGGCAUAGUCAAAGAGGAGGCUGAAGAUGCUCUACUUGCCACUCCAACUCCCGAGACUCUAGCUGCGCAGGAAUCGAUAACCACAACUUCGUCCCGAACCAUUCGUCGAGUGGUAAUCAACAUAGACGAGGACGAAGAGAAGAAACCAAAACCAGUGCUUCAGCUCAAGUACAAAGGCUUCAGUAUCUCCGAUCGCUGCCUCUGCGUCGUCGUAGAGCCCUGGCCUCCUAUUCGUUCAGCUAGUCGCGCCCCUUCUGUCGCACCCCUGCAGUCUACGGGAUUGAGACGACCGAGCAUCGCUCCUCCAGACUUCGUACCCAGCACGGGCUUACGGGAGCGCACGCCGUUGUUCCUCCCCGAUGACGAGCGGCAAGAGACACCAGCCCCGUUCAAUCAGCGUAUAUUGCUUCCAGUCCCUGGUUUCAACGACCCCCCUCAGACUAUAGACCUGGACGAGAACGAUGAGAGCGACAUGAUGGCAUUCACUCAGGUCCUCAAUUCGGCUGGUGGCUUGCGAGGCACUGAAGCAGAUGACGACGAUAUGGAUGGCGCUGUUCUAUUCGGCGAUGCUGACGAAACAAGAGAAUUAUGA